GGCCCGGAGGCUGAGGUUCCUUAGACCCGGCAGACAGCAGGGGAGUGGCCAUGGGGCAUCCGCAGUCCGCGCCGCCGCUGCUGCUGCUGCUGCUGCUGUUGCUGCUGGCUCUGGGUGCCCAGGCUUUCAGGGCCAACCCUAUCCUGUGGCCCCAGCCGAAGACCUCUCAGAUAUCCUCGAGCGUGUUGUACUUGGACUCCGGGAACUUCUACAUUGGACACGGCCCCAACUCCACAGCGAAUUCCUCCUGCUCCCUACUGCAGGAGGCCUUUCGACGAUAUUAUGACUACAUUUUUGGUGUCUACAAGUGGCACCAUCGCCCUGUUAAACUAAUGGCUGGAACGCAAUUACAGCAACUUCAGGUUACUAUUGUCUCGAACUCAGCGUGUGAUAGCUACCCCACCUUGGCAUCUGAUGAGUCUUAUUCCUUAAUUGUGAAAGGACCAGUGGCUGUACUGAAGGCACACCAAAUUUGGGGAGCAUUACGAGGUUUAGAGACCUUUAGCCAGUUAGUUUAUCAAGACUCUUAUGGGACUUUCACCGUCAAUGAAUCCAUCAUUACUGAUGCCCCAAGAUUUCAGUAUAGAGGAAUUUUAAUUGAUUCAUCCAGACACUAUCUGCCAGUUAAAAUUAUUUUAAAAACUUUGGAUGCCAUGGCUUUUAAUAAGUUUAAUGUUCUCCACUGGCACAUCGUGGAUGACCAGUCUUUCCCUUAUCAGAGUGUCGCCUUUCCUCAGCUAAGUGAGAAAGGAAGCUAUUCUUUUUCUCAUGUCUAUACCCCGAACGAUGUGCGGAUGGUGAUUGAAUAUGCGCGAUUACGGGGGAUUCGAGUCAUACCAGAAUUUGAUACCCCUGGACACACGCUGUCCUGGGGCAAAGGUCAGAACAACCUCCUGACUCCAUGUUUCGGCAACCAUAGGCAGCCUAAUUCUUUUGGGCCUAUAAAUCCUACUCUGAAUACAACUUACAGCUUCCUUACUACAUUUUUCAAAGAAAUUAGUACGGUGUUUCCAGACCAGUUCAUUCAUUUGGGAGGAGAUGAAGUGGAUCAUGGCUGUUGGGCAUCAAAUCCAAGUAUCCGAAAGUUUAUGAAGCAGAAGGGGUUUGAUACUGAUUAUUCAAAACUAGAAUCUUUCUAUAUGCAAAACCUUUUGAAUAUUGUUUCAAGCAUAAGGAAGAAAUCGAUUGUUUGGCAAGAAGUUUACGAUGAUGGAGCACAGCUUCCACCAGACACAGUAGUUGAAGUGUGGAAAGGAGAACUUUACAAACUCGAAUUAUCUCAAGUCACAGAUUCUGGUUUGCCUGUAAUCCUUUCUGCUCCUUGGUACUUGGAUUUGAUUAGUUAUGGACAAGACUGGAAAAAUUACUAUCAAGUGGAACCUCUAGAAUUUUCUGGUACUAAGAAACAGAAAGACCUGGUAAUUGGUGGAGAAGCUUGCCUAUGGGGAGAGUAUGUGGAUGCAACUAACCUUACUCCAAGAUUAUGGCCCCGAGCAAGUGCUGUGGCUGAAAGACUCUGGAGUCCAGCCGAGGUCAAAGACACAGGAGAUGCCUACAACAGACUAACAGGACAUCGCUGCAGAAUGGUCAGACGUGGAAUUGCUGCACAACCCCUUUUUACCGGAUACUGUGAGCAUGAGAAGAUAUGAAAAUGGACAGAAAAGGCUGCAGCAAUCCACUACAAUCAACUGAUUUAAAAUCAUAUAAAUCAAGAUUUGCUAGACUGUCUUUUGAAUAAAGCGUAUCUUUUUAUUGAUUGUAAUAUAAAAUGAGAUACAGGUUCAUAUAGAA